GGUAAUUUCUUUACCGGAUCACAUGACACAAUUACCUCAAGAAUCGAUCAAGAUGAAUUGCACGUCAGCCUACGUUUCCGAUUUUUUCCCUCUCACGGGUGCUGUCCACACGCCUAUAGUGCAAUAGAUGGACAAAGUUUAACACACUCACGCCGCCAGUUCCUACUCGCAAACGCAAACAGACGACAUGACGGAGUAUGAUGACCGCAGCAACUGUUCGUCAAAUAUGUAUCUGCCAAGCUGUACGUACUAUGUAUCGGCACCUGAUUUUUCGUCUGUUUCGUCGUUUUUACCUCAGACGUCUUCGUGUCAAGUAAAUUUUCCUUAUUCCUCCAACAUAGCUCAAGUCCAACCUGUUCGAGAAGUUGCUUUCAGAGACUAUGGACUCGAUCACGCAAGCAAAUGGCAUUACAGAGGCAAUUACGCUUCCUACUAUCCGACGGACGAAAUAAUGCACCGAGAUCUCAUGCAGACAUCGAGCAGAACGGAUAUGAUAUUCAAAAAUGAUUCUGUGUACAGCCACCACGGCGGCACGAACCCGUCUUGUAAUUUCUUCACGAAUGUCGGCAGAAACGGAGUUCUUCCCCAAGGGUUCGACCAGUUCUUUGAGGCAACUAACGCCAGCACCGAUAAGCCGAACUCCGAGCCACCGAAAGCAAAGGCAGAGACGAACGCGCUCGGAGAUGCGGAAUGUAAUAAACUAUCUCCAGAAAGCUCAGAGCAGGCGAAACGAGACCCAACUGAAAGCAUAGACGAGGACUCCUCUCUAUCAAACAGCGCGGAAGAAAAGAACAGCGGCCCAAGUUUAUCAAAGUCAAGGAAAAAGAGAUGUCCCUACAGCAAAUACCAGAUCCGAGAACUUGAACGAGAAUUUUUUUUCAACGUGUACAUAAACAAAGAGAAGCGGCUCCAGUUAUCAAGAAUGCUAAAUUUAACGGAUCGACAAGUGAAAAUCUGGUUUCAGAACCGAAGAAUGAAAGAGAAAAAACUCAAUAGAGAUCGUCUUCAGUAUUUUACCGGGAAUCCGUUAUUCUGA